AGGAUGCUGAUUGGUUAUUCUGUAGUUAUUGGUUAGAUGAGUUUGACAUAUAAGCAAAAUCAUAUUUUUAGUUAUAGGAUUAAUUAAUGCCAAGAACAUAACUAACUUUGUCUUUACUGGUUCAUGUAAGCAAUGCCAAACAAUGCAUAUGAAGAGGCGAGGGAUAGUAAUAUCAGGAGUAACAUUGCAACAAUGAAAUCUUAUGGCAUACUUGAUACAAAAACCCUUCUCAACCAGUUGUCUACAAGAAAGCAAAAUGACUACAGAAUAGUUGCAAGGAAGAAAAACAACUAUGAAGAAUCUACAUCAGACUAUGAACCCUCUGCUGAUGAGAACAACGAAUCUGAAGAAAGUGAAACCAAUUUAGAAGAGGAAGAGGAAAUGACAGUGAUGAAUAUAUCAUCUAGGUCCAAGGAUUCAAAAAGCUCUCAAAUGGCUCCUGGAUCAAGACGGACAAAGGCAUCAAGAAACUCCCAAGGUGGUAGACCAUCAUCUAUUUCGACAAGGUCAAUGCCAGAACCAUCAGCCAAUACACAUGUUCCUCAAGAAAGGAAUCAGGCUAGAGUUGAGGAAGAGCUUAUUCCACCAUCUGCAUUUGAAUCAAGGGAAGUGAACACACCAAUGCUUUUGAGGUCAAGUUGUCCAAUUAGUGAUGCCAAUGAGGGAACUUGUAGCAUGAGUCCAAUGGACCAAGCUAGUGAUAUUGCUGGACAGGAGGUGCCGAUUCUUGAUGAAGUUCCACCAGAAAGGCCUAAGAGAGUUCGGGAUCCGACCUGGGGAAGAGGGCUCAACAAGCUUACUAAAGCUAUGGGUUCGAAAAUGUGCCUUGCAUUUGUUGAAGGGAAGAAACGACCUGAACAUCCUCUGCAAGCAGCAAAGCUAGCUUCAGAGUCAGGCAUACUAGUCCGGGACCAUAUGCCUAUCUACCCGCAUUGGAAGGAUUACAAGAAGAAAACUGAUAGAGAUAUCCAAAAAUAUCACUUAGGAUAUCUAGCUAUUUGCUUUGACUUGGAUGUUGCUGAUAACACAACAAAAAAAGUGUGUUCAGGUCUCCUCAAAGAUGGAGUGCGUCAAGAGCGUUAUAAGCUCAAAAGAGACUAUUUCAAUGGUGUUCUUGAGGAUCAAGUACUAGCAAACAAACCUCCAAAUAUUAGUCAACAAGACUGGGCAAACCUUGUGCAGAAGUGGAAUAGUCCUAAACACAAGGUAUCAAGGAUUUGAUGUUACUUGAGUACUCACAUAGCUUACAAAUGCUAAGAUCUACUACUGAUUUUUGCCUUGUGUAUUUGGCAAACUUCAACAUUAUUGACUCAAAUUUCCUGGGCUUUUUCAAUAUUUGUAAGCAACAUGUGCAACAAACAAACGAAAUCGAGGAGAUGUUAAGCUUCACCAAACCACAGGCUCACAAAGUUAUGUUGCUAAGAGAUACUGUUUGAGAGAGAAAGGUAAUGGGGAAGAACCUGAUUCUAUGGAUCUUUUCAAGGCAAGCCACUUUAGUAAGACAAAGGGUUAUACUGAUGCUGUACAAGAAGUAAUUGAUGCCACGGAAACUGCAAGGGAUGAAACACCAGAAGAAGGUGAAGAACCUAAACCUAUAGAUGAGAUUGUGGGUGGAGUUCUAUCCGAGUACAGUUCAUCAAGCAAAUUUCUGGAAAAUAUGGGUAUUCGUUCAGCUGGAAGCCAACUGAUCACCACUAACACUUCUAGUGCACGCAUAAGUGAGCUUGAAGAGAUAGUUCAAGCCCAAGCUUUGCAGAUCGAGAAUGCUGAAAGGAAUGAACAAGAUAUGCGUGCUACUAUUAAUUCUCAACAGCAAGAAAUGAUGGAUUUAAAGCAGCAAAUGGAAGAAACAAAUGAGUCGAAUAAGAGAAAUGAAGAGCAGAUGGCAAUUCUUAAGCAAAAGCAAGAAACUACUGAUUCUCUUCUUUUACGUCUGAUUAGCCCGUCACCAAUUAGUUAAAUUCAGGUUGACCAUCCUUCAUUCUAGUGGUAGUAUAUGGUAGAUGUUCAAAGCCAUGCUAAUAUUUUGUACUUGUGUUGCUGGUGACCACUAGGCCUAGUGUUGCCCUUCGCUUUUGUAACCACUAUAUAGUUAUCCUUUGCUUUUGUAACCACUAUAUAGUUGGAUGGUGAACACUUAUGGAUGAAACAAUGACAUGGUUGUAAUGAAAUCUGUUGGAAAAAUGUCGGUUCAUGUGUCAUGACCAAUUAUUUUAUCAUAUCUUUU